CCCCUCACACAGCCCAGGCCACUGCGCCCCGAGGGCGCCAUCGAUGACCCCCAGCCCGGCCUGCAGGCCGCCGAGGGCCCUGGGGGCUGCCGCCCCCCUGGGGAACCCGGAUGCGGACCCCGCUUCAGAAAACAGAGCUGUGGACAAUGGAGGACCCCGCGCCAGGGCUCCGGAGCGGGGACAGCGGUGCGGGGUCACUUGAGGGCCGCCUUCCGGAACCGGAGUCAGAGGAGAAGACAGGGAACCGCGGACGCGGGGCGGACCCCGCGCCGAGGGACAGGGUUCCAGGAGGACGGGCGCCGGCCCCAGGCUCAGGACGCCGCUCCUCGGGAGGAGGAUGCGGGAGCCGCGCCCACAGCUCCCGGGAGGGCGGGAAGGGCCGGGCCCCUGGAGGAGGCCGCGGGGCUGCGGAGCCCGGGCGGCAGGGGGCGCUCUCCGGGACCACAGCCUCCUGUUGUUUUAACUCCAGGCCUUUCAUUCCUACUGUUGUGUUUAUUCAUUGGAGAGAGAGAAUUACAGAGAGGGGAGAGGCAGAGAGAAAGGUCUUCCAUGCUCUGGUUCGCUCUCCAGAUGGCCACUACAAGGGGUCUCCCAGGCAGGAGCAGGCCCCAAGCCCUCGGGCCAUCUUGCAUGGCUUCCCCAGCCCAUUAGGAGAGAGCCAGAACAGAAGAGGGGCAGCCGAGACAGGAACCAGCGCCCAUGGGGGAAGCCGGCCCUGCAGGCGGAGGCUUAGCCCACCAGGACACAGCACAGGCCCGGACCACCGCGUUUGCGGUGCUGUGCAGAGAAACUGACUUGAAACUUACCAGACUCCAGGAGCUAGAAUCCUGCUGUCUUUUCUCUUAGAAAGAGGAGCCCUUGCCUCCUGCGUGCAGGCUUGUAGUUUAUAACUUUGUUGCCGGCAGAAGUCUCUGAGGGUUAAAGUGCAGUUAAGGAAGUGAGGUUAAGGUGGCUGCAGGUCAUCCCGCUCUGUCUUGGGCUCAGAGGCUCUGGAGCUGGCUCAGUCACACUAAGGAGAGGAGCCCAGGAGCUGCAGCGUUGGGGGCACAGGGCAUGCACAGAAGGGCAGGGUCCAGCAGCCAGGUGGCACAGCAAGUUAGAGCCCCAGUCUGCAGAGCCAGCCUCCAUGGGGGCUGCUCCACUGGCUAUGCAGCUCUCUGCUGUGGCCUGGGAAUGCAGUAGAAGAUAGUCCUAGUCCUUGGGCCCCUGCACCCACGUGGGAGACCUGGCAGAAGCUCCCAGCUCCUGGCAAAUCCAACAGGACUUCCUGGGAUAGAUUUCAAAGCCCAGGACUAAUCCUCUGUGACAUGGGGCCUUGCCUCUGAGUCUCAGCCUGCAUACUUCCAUCUUCAUUUGAGCCAGUAAUCAUCCUUUCUUCUCACACUCCUCUGAUGUUUGUCCUCUUCCUGGUGUCAGCAGCCUUCCCUUGGUUGUUUUGUGCAUCUACCUUGCCUGAGUCAGCCUGCCAAUGCCCCGUGCUUGGCUCUGCCCACUUUACGAGGGGCUGUUCUCACAAUCUCAGGCACCUCUGGAAAAUCUUUAUUGACCUGAUUUCCAUUGGUCAUUGUGGUUUUUAAUUUUUUGUCUUUGAAACUAGCAGCAUUGCCUAGCAGAAAAGCUGGGUCCACAGAGGUCCAGAAUGAAUCUCUACUCUCCCUGGCUCCAGGAGACAAAAAGAAGAACAUGGUCUCCAUACUGAAAUGACCUCCACGAGGUCUGACACUCUCCAGCAUUGCAGCAGAGGAGAAAGCCUGAGGGAGAAUUCUGGAGGAAGGACCCACACAGGACAGGCAGGGCUGUGUUAACUACUCAUUCAACUUGUGUGUUCUCUGCUCCCAUUCUAUCACCCAGUGAUUGAAAACAGAGAAUAAAUAAUGGACAAUAGAAGUGUGGGAAAAGCUGUGUCCAAGGAAUGACCCUCAUACUUUUGUUUGUUUUUAGCAGCAGAAAUAGCAGUGUUUUAUCCAAAGUCCACAAAACCCAACAAUGCAUUCUUGGAAGACAAGAGCCAUGCUUGGCACAGGGAAGCUGGAGGUCAAAGUUCAUGGGCUGGCCCUCCUUCCAUCAGGUGCUGUGGUGCUGAGACAACCUCUUAGUCUCUAUGGAGCUCAGGUUCCUCAUCAGUGAGAUCCGGAGCUGAGUCCACAUCCUGAGAACCCAGAACUGAAGGUGCAGAUGAAGGAAGACGAGCAGCUCUCUGGGAUGCAAGAAUGACCCAGAGAAUGACAAGAUAAAGGAACUCCUGUCAUUUGUGAGAAACUGGAUGAAAUUGGAGGACAUUAUGUCCCUGUUGUCCUGCCGUGACACACCAUCAGCAUGGCAGGAUCCCACAGCCCUGCAUCAGUUCCCGUGGCAGAACUGAACGACCUCGAAUGCCAGCAGUUGCGAUCCCAGCUGGCAAAGAGCCAACAGGAAUACUGGGAGCUCCAGGAGAAGUUUCUCAUAGCUGAGGCUACAAACUUUGCCCUGGCCAGGGAGCUGAAAAAAUACAAUUGUGAGAAGUUUAAAAACAUCAUUGAGUCCAUACUGACCAAGAAGCUCCACUUGGAGGAGCCGCUGGCAGAGAAGCCCACGGUCUCAGAGCUGCUCAGGCAUUGCCGUGGCAUCCUUGAAGAUCAGGACCAAGAACUUUCCCAGUUACGUCCAAAGGUCCAAAGGGGGAGAAAUCUAGCCCACAUCCUGCAGCAGUACCUGAAGGACGUGCUCACCGUGCAUGACCCUGAGACCUGUACGGGGCAGGGCUUCCGACGACUGCUCACUGAGGCUGUCCGGCUGUCAGCGUGCCUUGAGGACCUGCUUGGAGCAGAAAAUAUUGAAGAGGAGGAAACACCAGCACAAGGACCUGUUGCUGACAGGGAGCUCUUGGAAGUGGAUGAAAUGGAAACCCCACAAAGUUCACAGCAGGAAACAUCUAUCACUGGUGCUGUUGACCACCUGCCGAGUGACUCCUGCCUGCCUGAGGGCACUGUGCAAAUAUCUCAUGAUGCUGAGGACACCCACGGUGUGCUAGGUGUAGACGGGGAACACGCUUGUUCACACAAGAAAGAAGAACCUGUCACCGUUCUCCCAGAAAAUCAAUAUCACGAAGUGGAGGUACCAGAGCAAGUUGUCACAUACACUUCCAGCAGGAAGCUCCCAGAGGAGCAAGAGCGGGAAGACCCAGACGACCGGCUGGAUGAGUGCUACCUCUCUCCCUCGAUAUUUCCGGUCGUUUCUGAGCUUGACCAUUCCACGUGGGGCAGCUGGUGCUCCCUGGAGCAUCAGGACAUGCUUUCUGCUCCAGAUGCAAACAUAAAGGAACAUGACAAUGAUGAAGUGCAAGAGGAAACACAAGCCCUAUCACACUCCAGUCUCAUCAGGGAGAUUCCAGAGAUUGAAGAUCAAGAUGUCUCACAAGACUCUCACAAACUGAGUUUUGUUGCUGCCCCUGAGAGGAAGACCCAUUCCCUGCUGGAGGGAGGUCCUCACAAAGAUCCCAUCACCAGCAAGUGUGAGAGUCAUAGCAUCAGCCCCAGCGAUGUCCCAAGUACCCCAAAAGAAAAUGUUAUCAAAGGAAAAUGGAAGCCCAGGAAAUGCGAACUGGCCUGCAGGUUCCCUGGCCUGGAGAUGAAGGGCAAACCACAGCCCACAGAGAGGAAAAUCAUGUGUCAAUUCCCUGGCCAGGAGAUGAAGGGAAAACCACAGGCCAACAUGUGGGCACUGACCUUCAGAUUCCUGGGCCUUAACACCUAGACAGAGAUCCCAAGUACAGUUGGAAGGACAGAACAGUAUUGCUGAUUGUAACAUCCCCACCUCUUCCAAACAUCUAACACAGGAGCUCCGCUUCAACAGCAACCAGAACACCAAGAACGCAAUUUCAACACCAUGACCUGCCCUCGGCUGUUUUUAUCCACUAGGCUGCUUCCCUGAGAGCUGGAACAGUCUUCCACCUCCAAUCCGAGUAAACACCUAAGGAGACCCAGGCCUGACUCCACAGCUGCUCUGGAGAGAACACCACCUGGCUCCUCUCCAACUGCCUCCUGUAGAGAUCUGAGGUCAGGAGGAGCUGGAAGCAAACAGCAUAGGACCCUGGGCACACACUGCCUUUGGAUGGGGCGAGCUCGGUGUGGGCAGUGUCAGAGACACAGCACCCUGCGCACAAGGCUGCAUGUGAGCAGAGGAGAGGAUCCGACUCUGCAGGACGUGGACCCUGACCCAGACAGCUGGCCCUCUCCUUCACACAGCCAGCGUUCUGCAUAGAGGACAGCAGGAGGAGGAGACUUUGGGGCUCAAAAGGACAGGAAGGGUCUCUUUCCUCCUUUUGAACCCCAACCAUCUCCCCCUUCUGCUGUCUUCUAUGAUGGGAACGCUGACUGUGUGAAGGCGCAGGCCAGGUGUCUGGCUCGGGGUCUGCAUCCUGAGGAUCUCUGAUGCUUUCCUCAAUUUUACACUCAGCCUCACUCUUUGGCCGAGCACCCGAUGCAGGGAGUGCCGUGUGCUCCCUCCCACAUCCCCACAGGAGGCAGAGAACAUCUUGUGUGCCCAUCAGGUCCCCUGACCCUGGCAUCGGUCAGUGGGUGAAAGCUGUCUGUUGAGCUGUACAUCCUAAAGAUGCGCUCCUUCCUCUGUAUCCUAACAACUGUGGAGAGGGUGACCCCUCAGAGCCUGAGCAAAAAGGGAGUGAGCAGCAGCCCUGGCGGAGGUCCAGUCAUCAACCCAGGAGGUGGCCAUGGAUGGGCGUGAUAACAGCAAGUUCAUGGUGAUGAAUGCAGCAGUGUGGCCGGGAGGGCCCAGGUGGGCGAGGUGGACUGAGCCUGCAUCAAGGAACCAGACACCUCUCUGAACACUCCUCUCUCUACGUCCAGAGUCAGGCAGAGCAGAUGCGGGCAGGACCUCGUCAUGAGGACGCUCAUCUCUUACAGCUGCUGGUCUUGCCAACUCCACUCAGUGUUGCAGGAGAACUGGGGGCUCCUGAUGCAGGACGUGGGCCAAGGCAUCCAGAGCCCCAGCAAACAGCGAGGCUGUGUUCCUGCCAGCCUGAGGCAGCUGCUGGACAAGGAGGGGCCAUAUGCCUGCCCCCCCAUCAUGGAAAACUGAGUCCUCACAGAUUCUGGAUGCCCACUGCUUAGUAGGUGCUCCUGGUCCAAGAACAAACCGAGCCAAUGGCACCGCUGCCCUGUGGUGGACCUGUUUCUCACAGCUACCAUUCUUACUUCCACUGUCUGUCAUACCUGUGAUGACACAAUUGUUUUCCUUUCAUGAAAAUUGGGAUCCUAGGGAGGGAAUUAUGUUUCCACCUGAGUGUGCCUCCUCUCAGUGUAACAGCUGCCUUAGACACCCUGUCAGCACAUCUUGGGCUCCUAAAAUCUACAACUUCUCAUUAAGAUAUCACUGUCCAGGCCCCAAAGUGUCUCCAGCGUCCUGGAGUGUAACUGGAAUCUCAAAAAUUUUGAUUCAGGUCCCAAUACAUGUUCCCUGUUUUAGUUAAGUGUUUUUAAAAAGAAAAAUUCCAAAAAAAAUUAAAACUUUAAAAAGUAAAAAAAAAUUUAAAGUAAAAAUAGAAAAGAAAAAUGGUACUGCAUUGUUUUUUUAAAAAGGAAAAUUUUUAAAAAAUUAAAAAUUUAAAAAUGUUAAAAAAUUUAAAAAGAAAAAAUUAGAAAAAAAAUGUCAUUUAAGUGUUUUUGAAAGUAAAAUACUGAAAAAAUUAAAACUAAAAAUUUUAAAACUUUAAAAACAAUUAAAAACAAAAAAUAGAAGAUUUUAUUUAUAGCCGGCGCCGUGGCUCAAUAGGCUAAUCCUCCACCUUGCGGCGCCGGCACACCGGGUUCUAGUCCCGGUCGGGGUGCCGGAUUCUGUCCCGGUUGCCCCUCUUCCAGGCCAGCUCUCUGCUAUGGCCAGGGAGUGCAGUGGAGGAUGGCCCAGGUGCUUGGGCCCUGCACCCCAUGGGAGACCAGGAAAAGCACCUGGAUCCUGGCUCCUGCCAUCGGAUCAGCACGGUGCGCCGGCUGCAGCGGCGGCCAUUGGAGGGUGAACCAACGGCAAAAGGAAGACCUUUCUCUCUCUGUCUCUCUCUCUCACUGUCCACUCUGCCUGUCAAAAAUAAAAAAUAAAAAAUAAAAAAA